CUUAUCAGUUGGUGGUACGCAUAAGGCAUAUUUGCUCGGCUCCUCGUAGCAACCUUACAUGAUUAUUUUACAUUAAAAUAUUGGCCAGACGACGAAGGAAAAUAAACUGAGAAAUAAUCCAGACCUUCUCUCUUCCCACGAUCACGUGUAAGUUCGAAUUUCGAGAAACAUUUCCUUCACAAGGACUUAGCUAAGCAUCAUCCCUUUCGUGCGAGCGCGGAGGCCAUCAGGGUUGCCUUUGACGUAUCUAACUAUGCCGGAACACAGUGGUUCAACCCAGGGUAUCAAGCGAUCUACAUCAGAGGCAGACCCUGCUCAGUCAGCGCCUUCAAACUCCAAAAGACUCAGAGUCGAUCAGUCACCGGAAACGAGCACGAGACGGGACACAAAGAAACGUAAGAAGAGGAGAAAGAAAGAACCAGUGGUUGUCAAAAUGGAUCAUCGUCAUCAUAUGCAGGACAGUUCGACGUCACAGCCUCAGCGGCCGCCAGUGUCAGCUCGCAAUGAAGUCCCCUCAGAUGUUCUACCUGAAGACCGGAUCUCGCAACUGACAAAGGAAUUGGCAGAAAAGGGCGAGCUUCUGGCUGCGCAUCAAAGUGUUCUCAACAACAUUUGCCAAACUCUGACGUGUCAGAUAUGCCUCGACGUGAUGUACAAGCCUUAUGCACUCGCUCCGUGCGGUCACGUGGCUUGCUAUGACUGCCUUGUUCAAUGGUUUAACGCUCCGCCUGCUGAUAAUAGACCUGCCGCACCAGCCAUUGUACGGAAAAAGACGUGCCCACAUUGCCGAGCAGUCGUGCGAGAUCGUCCCGCAGAAAUAUGGACUAUCAAGAAUCUAGCGCACCUCAUAGGGAAGAGCAGCCUUGCCAACGUGCCCCCACAUUCCGAGGCGCAAGCUAACGCUGAUCGGCCUGCGGAUGCAGAUCCUUGGGAUGGCAUCUUCAGGAAAUCGGUCCACGGUUUCCUUCCCUGGUUACUUGCAGAAGAUGCAGAUGCCGAACCUCGUCGCGGAGAAGACGUCGGUAUGCUUGAUAUGGAGGACGGAGGGAUAUACCGAUGUCUGGACUGCAUGCAUGAGAUUUGGGAUGGCUUGUGUACGUCAUGCGGUAGGCGGUAUCCUGGCCACGAAGGAAGGGAGGAUUGGCCAGACUAUGAACUCGGCUGGAUGGGUCUCGAAGAUGGCGAGGGGGAUGACGAAGAUGAUGGUUUAGCGAUUGGUGAUUGGUAUCCAGGUUUGCCGGUAUUCAGUUGGGGCGUUGGCUUUGAUGAAGAGGAUGAUGACGAAGACGACGAAGAAGAUGACGAGGCUUAUGAGAGCGAUUUCAUCGAUGACGAGCACGACACUGGAAUUCCUCCAGGCCCGAUACGACGGCUGCCGCAUAUACGUGAGCUUUCCGAUGACAGCGAUAAUGAAGACAGCCGUUCGCGCGUAGAUGCUGAUCUCCUCUCCGAUGACGACGAGGAAGACCAACCAUCACUUGCCAGUAGACUGGGCCGAACAGCACCCAUUGUAGUUUCCUCCGACGAAGAUGAAGAUGAAGACGAGCCCGACAGCGUCUUUGCUCUGCGUCCCUCGCGUUCGAGACGCGGACGCCUUGUUGAGUCUGAUGAUGAGGUUGAUGUCCUAGGUUCAUCGGACGGCAGUAGCCAGUGACUCUGAGACGCAAACGAUCGCCAGCAAUUUUUUUCUCGGUGCAUAUUCUGACCUGUUAUCUCCGCACAUCUCGCUUGAAGAGCGGCAGAAGAAGGGCGAGUUUUUGCGA